GUCAAGUAGUGCGGCCACUGGUUCGGGUCCACGAGUAGCAUUUUCCAGAGAAGACCGCAAGGGUGUAGGGCUAGUUGACGAGCAGAUCGCUGCUGCCUUGAACCGUUACAAGGGUCUGCUGGAGGUUUUCGGCCUUGAGAAUGACGUGGACAUGUGGACUUUGGCGAUUGCCAAGAAGCAUUUCUCCGCCUGGAGCGACCUUCACGGCGGCCGGCGACGCCAGCGCUGCAAUCGCGAGGCCGCUGCCCGCGAGGUACGAUCACUCCUCAAGGAGAAACUAGAAGAGCUUAACACCCUUUCUACUACAUCUUCUAGACCGGAGGUCGGUGGAGCAACAGCACGAGAAGAAGACAGGUCUGUGGAAGCAAAGCCUCAAGAUGCGACUAGAGAAGACGAACAUCAACAAAGUCGAAGUCCCACCUCCGCAAAAACAAUCGCGAUGAAAAAUGAACAAGGAUUAGCAGCACUCGAUGCCGACGCGCCAGACCACCGUAUGCAUGGGUGCCGUGAGGUAAUGCAGUACAUGCUACAAGUCGGCAAAAGAACACGCAUGGAGCGAGAAAGUCAGAUGCCGCGUGGAUAUGAUAUCUGUGCCUUCGCCCUCACCGUACUUACUGUAUUUGAGGUUUCAUCUGCUGCCUCAGGAGAUCUUGAGGCCACAACAACAUCAGCACCGAGAAGCACUUCUGGCGUAACAGCUUCUGCCUCGGGCGAGAACAACGCACCACAACUAUGUUCCAAGAAAAUAGGUGAAAUUCAUGGUGCCUUGGCUCGGUGCGCCGUCGUGUUGGGUGGAACGAACGGGGCUACGGUGAGUAAGGACUCUGCGGCGCUCCGCGAAAGACAAGAAACACUGGCGGAGUUUCAUAAACUGCGAGCACAUGCGAUCGAACAUUUCCUAUUGCGAUUACCAGAUCAUGUCCUCUUCACUCUCAUUAUGACAUUGGAAAGAAUUGUCACAACCAGUACCAGCACAAGUAUUGAAUUUGAUAUUGAAAUUGAUUCCGAUUCGUAUCUAAAUUAAGAUAGAGAUCGAUCUAAGUAGGUGGUAGAUGUAAAGUGAGUAAGCAUAAGCUGCAAUUAAUCCACCUAUAUACAUAACUACGGCGUCAACCGUAUGGUCUAGCCUUAUUUGUUAAUAGACGCGAUACUACCUUCAGAUUUCUGCAUCUGACAGUCGUAGCAUCGAUCACUAUUUGUGACUGCGUCAAUUCUUUUGUUCGUUCCGUUCAUAAAAUUAUUCGAGUUCUACGCACAAGGGCACGGAGGCUACAACUGGCAGCGCUUCCAGUUCGGAGGGCCACCACAGAUGCUUGAGACUAUUGCUGCAUUCUCGCGACGUCGCUAUCUCGGCACCGUGAUGCCACGGCGACUGAGUACGAUCGUGUGUGCCUACCCUAAGUUCACUCUUACCAACACUUCAGUUCUUUCGACGCUGGCAAAACGAUUACCCCACCUUUUCUUAAGGCCAAUUGCUAGCUUCUGUGCUGUUCAAUAAGAACCAUGCAAAAAGUAACAUAAUGUAAUCGUUCAUCUGGGGAUCACUGGAGUCUUUUAUAAAUAUUGUUGGGCGGGAUGCACCUUCUGUUGUUCUAGAUUAAGGACAUGGAUAUUAUUCAUUGAUUCGCCAUAUGCAUAUGAAUUUGCAUAUGUAUCGCAUUGGUCCUUGUAAGUAUAUUUGUUCUUGUCAUUUUGUUCUUGAGCCGCAGCUCUAACUUCUGUGCCAGGUUGUCUCCACGCAACCUCAGCUGCAUCGCUAGAGCGCGAGCAGGCAAUACGUGGGUCAAGCUGGUCUAUUCAACGCUGCAAUCUCGCACUCGAAGAUGCACAGCGCCGCCGUGACAAAUCACAUACACGGCUAGUCAAAGAUCGGACCCUUUGCAAUGACGUUUCGGCUUCGACAAACGUGGAGAACACCUUGCCACAUGACGAUAAGAAUGGUUCUUCUAGCGAUCAAGGACAAGCCCUCUCUACAUCUACUGCUGCCCGAGCGACAGGGCAGCUUGCUCUAGCACCAGCAGUAGACGCACUGCCAGUGGCCACGAAACCUUCGAGACGUCGAGGUGACACAAGAAAUAGUCGUGACGCCAGUCAUCUGCUCGAUGACGUUGAUUACUAUUGCGGCACCUAUGUUGCGUUUUUGUGUGGUGGUCUUCUUUUCCGUUCGUCUGCUACAGAAGACGGCAGGACGCCACAAGAGCUCGUGGACGAAUCCAACGGGGAAGGGCGCGGGUCGGCCAUUAGGCGAUCAUCCUCAUCAUCUUGUGACCCCGCAGGUGGGAGGUCUAGGAGAAGAGACAGGAUCCUCGAACACGUAUACAAUCAGACGAUCUCAGGACUACUCGCUCCAUCCUCGGGUGCAGAGAGAAAAAGUGGUAACGAAAUUUCUGAGUGCGAUCAAAGCAAGUUAUCCAAGGAUCAAUCCAGUCAGCUGUAUCUUGGAGACCUCUGCCGUCUCCUCCGUUUUCUCCAACCACAACAGACAGAUGGAGACGACGCAGAGACGGCUGACGGUGGACAUGGCGGCGACCCGUUUUUCUUCGGAUUGGACAAAAACGACACCGAAGAACAGCACCAGGAUAAUAUCAGAUUGUCACCAGGAGGAGGUGGAGCUGCAAGCGUUUGUAGCCUCCUCGCACCGCAUCCGUUGGCAACUCGUGUCUACUCUCCGCUCGUUGAGUUCAUUCCGAUUCCGGAGACACUCAGCGGGCUUCUUGCCUACGCGUGGGAGCAAAAAUGUUUGUUCGGACAAAAAAAACCGAUGGAGCCCGCGAUAUGUCUCCUCACUGGCCGUGUUAUCGGCAUGGCACAGGAGUGCAAAAGUACUAUCACUUACUCCUCUUCGUGCUGAUAACUUGAUCUUAAGUCGCCGCCGUGACCUUUGAAUGCGUAUUUGCUCCUACUUCCUGUUCAUCUUCAUUGUAAAAACAUUUAUAUUUCAUCUGUUUGCGGAUGCGGCUAAGAUAGGACUAGAAGAUAUUGCAUUUGCGCUAAAUAUGAUAGCUGAAAAUCCGGUAUUGUAACAGGUUUCCCGCAUUCGUACUUCGGUCUAAAUAUUGCAAGUUCCCGUAGAAGCAAUGGCGGGCAGAUCGGAGAAGCCACAGCCUUGUCGGGGCCAGUCGGAGCCGGGCACGGAAUCUAUCUACUGCCAUAUAAUGCAUCAGUCCUUGUUGUCACUACGGACGGACUAUGUUUUGUCUGGGAUUUCGCCUUUCCGUAUGUUGACACCAACGGUGAAAACGUGAACAAGGGCGCGGGCGGCGCCGUACAUCAUAAUCGUUCAUCCUUUUUUUUUUGUUUUUAUUCCUUGCUUAAUACACAGCGUCUCCUUAUCCUACAAUGACUCCUAGUACAUACAAGUACUCCUUCUUGAAGAAUCCCAAGAAGAAUGCAACGACUUUUAGCAGCUUCGAUUUGAUUUUUGUUCCAUUUCGAACAAACAACAGCAUAAUCUGAAGCGAAUUUUGGAAAUGCGCCUGGAUCGACGCAAAUUGGAUGCGCUGCGACAAAUUUACACGUUUGGUGGCAUGCAUAAGGAAAUUAUCCGCGUCCAGAACCGUACCAUGCGAUACUACGCUAACGCGUUAUGA